AUGGAGACAUGGANUCCGGUACAUCAAUACCAACGAGCCACAGCCAAUCCUUAUGUGACGGCACCGUACGCGAUGAACGGUCAUUUGACAGUGCCGGGUCCAGGCUCACGAUUUGGUUAUGCCCUCUCGGGCCGCGGUGUGACCCCGGCUCCAGUGCCCUUGGCGCAACGUUCGGAACAACGCGCCUCACAACCGGCCGUUUUCAACGGGUUCUCGGGCGAAUCAGCUACCACGAUCAGAGCCAGUCUGAACGGGACAUCGACCAAGAUAGCCGAUGGAAGAUAUUUGGAUGAUGAUGAUGAUGAUGAUGAUGAUGCCGAGACAACCACGAACGGGAUUCACCACCGAAAGUGGGUUGAAUUCGGUCCCACAGACAUGUGA